AUGACUCUUCAGAACCACCACCUUAAAUAUAAUCGGAAGCUCGCUGCUGCUACCCUCCUCCAGAUAGCUUCGAUCGAUGAUGAACCACCAGUGCCUCCUCAAUAUGCCGACUAUGCUGAUGUAUUCUCAAAAGCCGAAUCCAAUGUUCUUCCCCCUCACCGCUCCUACGAUCACAAAAUAAUACUCGAAGGAGAUGGUGAGAGAGCUCUCAAAUACAGCCCUCUUUAUAAGAUGUCACUUGAUGAGCUGGAAGCUGUUAAAGCCUAUAUACUGGAUAAUUUGGACAAAGGAUUCAUCGAGCCUAGCCAGGCCCCUUUCGCUGCUCCUAUUCUUUUUGUCAAGAAACCUAAUGGAGGAUUACGUCUUUGUAUCGAUUAUCGUACCCUUAAUGCCCUCACUCGGAAAGAUCGAUAUCCCUUGCCACUUAUCGACGAAACUCUGGCUAGGAUCACUCAUGCUAAGAUUUUCACGAAGCUGGAUAUCCGACAAGCUUUCCAUCGCAUCAGAAUGGACCCCGACUCUGAGGAAUUGACCACCUUCCGUACACGAUAUGGUGCAUACAAGAUGAAAGUCUUACCUUUUGGUUUAACUAACGGACCUGCAACUUAUCAACGUUAUAUGAACGAAGUCCUUUUCGAUUACCUUGAUAUCUUUUGUACUGCAUAUCUUGAUGAUAUUCUCAUUUACUCUAAUGAUCCUCUCGAGCAUGAAUAUCAAGUCAAGCUAGUGCUUGAACGUUUGCGUAACGCUGGCCUUCAAGCUGAUAUCAAGAAAUGCGAGUUCAAUAUCACUAAGACGAAAUACCUCGGAUUUAUCAUCUCUACUGAAGGAAUUGAGGUAGAUCCGGAGAAAGUUGACGUUGCUGCACUCACCUCAGCACCGCUUCUACAACACUACGAUCCUGAACUAGAAUGCAUGCUCGAAACAGAUGCUUCUGAUGGUGUGGUAGCUUGUGUGCUAUCUCAGAAACACGGAGAAGACUGGUUGCCUGUAGCCUAUUAUUCGAAAACUAUGGCACCAGCUGAAUUGAACUACGAGGUUCAUGACAAGGAGAUGCUAGCGAUCAUUAAAGGAUUCAAGAACUGGCGUGCUGAGCUCACUAGCACCCCGCACCAGAUCCGCGUUUUCACUGAUCACAAAGCAUUAGAAUACUUUAUGACUUCGAAGACCCUCAAUGCUCGUCAAGCCCGAUGGGCUGAGCUCUUGGCCGACUACAACUUUAUCAUCGCAUACCGCCCUGGCAAGGAUAACCCUCUUGCUGAUGCCCUUACAAGGCGGGAUAACGAACUCGAUGAUCAAAAUCGCACCAAGAAAGCCAAUCGUCUUCAACAGCUCAUAAAGGAUAAUCAGUUUGACCCUCGUAUCCUAACAGACGAACUACGCCUUGAUACUACUUCCGAAAAGCUAGUGGAUGCUAUCGAUCUUGCACCUAUAGCUCCCGACCUUAGUAUUGUAGCACGAGUUCUUCAGGCAAAUCGCAAUUCAAAAUCAUUACAACCUCUUCGUAUUCAAGCAAGCAAAGGUGACCCUCACUUCACCCUCGAUGAAGGAUUACUGCUCUACCAGGACCGAUUAAUCGUCCCUGACACCGACAACCUGCGCACUCUUCUUAUUCGCGAAGUGCAUGAUCAAGUGUUUACAGCGCACCCAAGUGUGAACAAAACGAUCGUUAUGUUAAGCCGUCGUUACUAUUGGCGAGGCAUAAGCGCUUAUGUAAAGCAAUACAUUCGCAACUGUCAUAUGUGUCGACGUUCUAAGGUUCCAAGAGAUAAGAUCCCCGGACUCCUUCAUCCACUCCCUGCCCCCACUCGUCCCUGGGAACAUGUUACGAUGGACUAUUGUAGCUUCAAUAAGGAUAAGCAUGGAUAUGAUAAUAUAUUAGUCAUUAUUGAUCGUUUCAGCAAACAAGCUAUUACUAUACCCUGCAGGAACACAAUCAUCACCAAGGAAAUGGCUCAGCUUUAUAUAUAUCACAUUUAUCGCUACUUUGGUCCUCCCCUUACUAUGCUCUCAGAUCGAGGCUCCGUCUUCAUUUCAACGUUUUGGAAAGAGUUCAACACUAUUCUAGGAACACAGAUCAAGCUCAGUUCAACUGAUCAUCCUCAAACCGAUGGCCAAACAGAGAUCUAUAAUCAGUAUUUGACACAACGGCUACGCCCCUUUGUCGAUUACUACCAAACUAAUUGGUCAGAUUUGUUACCUAUGAUGGAUUAUGCUCAACUUACUCUUCCACAUGAUUCCCUUGGAGGCCUUACCCCCUUCGAAGUUGUUCAUGGAUUUCCCCCUAGAGAUCUAUGGGAUUGGCGAAUACAGUCUACCGAACCUAAAGACAAGAUUAAUAUCGAAGAAGCUCGCUCAUUAGCUCGAAGUCUUCACGAUGCUCAAGCAUUAGCUCGUCGACAAAUCAUUCUAUCCCAGGAACGAAUGACUAAUCAAGCUAAUAAGCAUCGUCGAGAAGUCGAUUUCGAUGUUGGUAACAAGGUUUGGUUGGAUACCCGGUAUUACACAACUCAGCGUCCCUCUAGAAAGCUAGACAACCCAGUUUCAGGACCCUUCAAGAUUCUCGAAAAGAAAGGUCAUUCCUAUCGGCUGGAGCUACCUAGCUCAAUGAAGAUUCAUGAUACCUUCCCGCCCGAAAAGCUCCGCAAAGCAGCUGACGACCCGCUUCCUGGCCAGCACACUGAUCCUAGCCCCCCAAUCAAUAUUAGUGGUGAAGAAGAGUGGGAAGUUGACGAUAUACUUGCGUCUAGAAGCUGGCACAAACAAGUAAGGUAUCGAGUAUCCUGGCUCAAUCAUGAUCCGGAUCCUACAUUCUACCCUGCCUCAAACUUUAUGUAUGCACCUCAUAAGCUGCGUGAAUUUCACCUAGCACACCCAACUCAGUUUGGCCCCCCAGCACUACUUAUGGAGUGGAUUAAGAUGUAUGAGGAAGGAAGGGAUGAUUAUGAUGAGCUAGCCGACAAUAAAGCGAUGGAUGAAAGCUCGAGGGCGAGCUUUUUCAGAAGGGGGGGGUGA